GGGUUUCAACAAUUUACUUUUCGCCAUUUCACAAAAAUAUUUAGGCUGGAGAUUAUGUAUAAGCUACUCAAAAACAGACAAUUCGCAAGAGUGAAGAGAAGAACUGCUUCUUCUUCUUCUUCUUCUUCCUUUUUUUUUGUUUUUCAUUUUGGGUGUGCGUGUGCGAGGAGUAGAACUGUAUUUUUAUUUUUAUUUUACUUAGUAGAAAUGUAUUUUAACAACACAGAAAUCUAAUCUGAAACGGGAUUUAAUUUAAAUACUUUCAAUUCAAGGAGUCGACUAAAUUACCCUACUCUCCUUCAUCACUCUACUUUCUGUGUAUGAUAAUACAGCUGCAUUCCUCUCCGCCUUCAUUCAUAAACCCUUAACUAAAACCUCCAAAACACACACACACACACGAUGUUUUCGCCACCGCCACCGUUUUCGCCAGUUUCGUCCGCGCAGCUGGCGGUGGCGGCGUUGUUCGGCGCCUCCGUCAUGGCUAUUUCCGCGUUCUACAUCCAUAAACGCAGCGUCGAUCAAGUCCUCGAUCGUCUCAUCAACAUCCGCCACCGCCGCCACCAUCACCUACUAUCUGACGAUGAACAUUGUGAAUUUUCGGAUUUUGAUGAGAACUCGGAGACUGAUAGGAACGUGAUUUUGUGGACAAGUAGAAAUAAAGUGUUGAGUUCUUCUGAAGAUCAUAUUAAGGAUGGUGAAUCUGACGCGGUGAGGGAUUACCGAGUUUCAUCUUCGAUGCCUAAUUACAGUAUUCUGAAGAAUGAACAUGGCGGUGAGGAAGCCGGGACCGCUGUGUAUCCGACGCUGCCGAAUUCGUUGGAUAAAAUAGAUUCGAUUUCUUCGAAUUUACCACCAGUCCGGACUGGUCAGAGGGAUGGAGAGGAGCAAUAUGUCAACCAUUCUGGUACAAGUAUGCGGGUUGGAUCAGUUGGUAGACUUGUCACUCCUGGAUCAGCCUGUGGUUAUGCUUUUGAAAGAACAGGGGAUUCUGACGAUGAAGGAACUGAACUCGAAGUGGAAGAGGACGUCUUGUCCUAUCAAAAUGAUAUAAAUCUAACAACUCAAAAUCAACAGAUUCUACCGGCACAAGCUUCAAAUGGGAUUUACAUUCACGUUCAAGACUCUGAAGCAAUUGUUACUGAGGCAAAGCCUGACACAGAUCACGCUGACAGCAAAGUUGAAAUAACUCUAGCAAAUGAUCCUGUAUUUAGCAACAACACUUUUCCACCAAUAACUACAUUACACGACUCAAUAAGUGUUGAAGAACAAGAAGUCACAAGGAUGAUUCGUGAAUGUUUAGAUUUGAGGGGAAAAUAUGUUUUCAGGGAAAAUGUUGAUCCAUGGGCAAAGAGUACCGAAAAAACUGGUUUACCAGAGAUCAGCAGUGAUCCAUUUAACUUUGUCCCUGUUGAAGCAUCUUCUCAUUUCUUCAGGAUGGAAGAUGGUGUAGUGCGUGUUUAUGCCAGUGAAAGGGAUACUGAAGAACUGUUUCCUGUUGCGAGUUCAACAUCCUUUUUCACUGACAUGCAUCAUCUCCUGAAAGUGAUGUCUGUUGGAAAUGUCCGCUCUUCAUGCCAUCAUCGGUUACGUUUUCUUGAGGAAAAAUUCCGCCUGCAUUUGUUGGUGAAUGCAGAUAAGGAAUUCGUAGCACAGAAAAGUGCACCUCAUCGUGAUUUCUACAAUAUAAGGAAAGUAGAUACUCAUGUGCAUCAUUCUGCUUGCAUGAACCAAAAGCAUCUUCUCCGGUUCAUCAAGUCAAAGUUAAAAAAAGAACCAGAUGAGGUUGUUAUCUACCGCGAUGGCCAGUAUCUUACACUGAAAGAAGUCUUUGACAGCCUGGACUUAACAGGGUAUGAUCUUAGUGUUGAUUUGUUGGAUGUGCAUGCAGACAAGAGUACCUUUCAUCGUUUUGACAAAUUCAAUCUCAAGUACAAUCCUUGUGGACAAAGUAGGCUUAGAGAAAUAUUUCUGAAGCAGGAUAAUCUCAUCCAAGGACGUUUCCUGGCUGACGUGACAAAGCAGGUUCUAUCAGAUUUGGAAGCAAGUAAAUACCAGCUGGCUGAGUACCGAAUUUCAAUUUAUGGGAGGAAACAGAGUGAGUGGGAUCAGCUGGCAAGUUGGGUAGUAAACAACAGAAUUUACAGUGAAAAUGCUGUUUGGUUGAUUCAGUUGCCAAGGUUAUACAACAUUUACAGAAGUAUGGGAACAGUAACAUCCUUUCAGAACAUACUCGAUAACAUCUUCAUUCCACUUUUUGAAGUCACAGUGGAUCCAAAUUCCCACCCUCAUUUGCAUCUUUUCUUAUUACAGGUUGUAGGCUUUGACAUGGUAGAUGAUGAGAGUAAACCUGAGAGGCGGCCAACGAAGCAUAUGCCAACUCCAUCACAAUGGACAAAUGAAUUCAAUCCUGCCUUUUCUUACUAUGCUUACUAUUGCUAUGCAAAUCUCUAUACACUUAACAAGCUCCGUGAAUCAAAAGGACUACCGACAAUUAGAUUUCGACCUCACUGUGGUGAGGCUGGUGAUGUGGACCAUUUAGCUGCUGGGUUUCUCCUAUGUCAUAAUAUAUCACAUGGAAUAAACUUGAGGAAAUCUCCAGUCUUGCAAUAUCUAUACUAUCUAGCUCAGAUUGGUUUAGCAAUGUCGCCACUCAGCAACAACUCACUCUUCUUGGACUAUCAUCGCAACCCAUUUCCAAUGUUCUUCCAGCGUGGCAUGAAUGUCUCCCUUUCAACUGAUGAUCCUCUACAAAUCCAUUUGACUAAGGAGCCUCUUGUCGAGGAAUAUAGUGUAGCCGCAAAGGUAUGGAAACUCAGUUCGUGUGACCUUUGUGAGAUUGCGAGAAAUUCUGUUUAUCAGUCUGGAUUCCCUCAUGCUUCAAAGUUGCACUGGCUUGGAGAUGAUUACUUUAAAAGAGGCCCUAAAGGAAAUGUAAUACACAAGACUAAUGUGCCCAAUAUUAGGAUCGACUUCAGACAUGAGACAUGGAAGGCGGAGAUGCAGUAUGUGUAUUCCGGGAAAGCCAUACUUCCUGAGGAGAUUGAACACUGACUCUGCAUAACUUUUACACAGUUUUGGGUAAAUUACCUCUCUCGAGAUACGAGUAUCAACUACAUUUCGACUGGAUAUGCGUAAGGUUGAUGAGUUGGACGAUGCAGCGGCACUCUCAGUUGCAAAAGAUGUGUAUCUCUAGUUUGAGCAAGUAUUUUCGCAGUGAUGCCCUGCCAAUUUUGCUUCUACAGAUGUUUAGCUCAAAUUUGAAUGAUGAUUAGGAUUCUGAAUAUGCAACGCUUUCUUCACUAAAGUCGGAGACUUUGAUCUUCCUUACUCCUGUUGCACACUAAUUUAUUCUAUGUAUUUGGUUGAUUAAAAAUAUCUGAUAUUAUCAUUUCUUUAUUUUUAUGUA